AUGGCACUUUCUCGAAAUUCUCGAUGGCGCCUACGACAGACCCAUCUCCUUCAUACCCUAUACCUCCUGGUACUGCUCAGUCUCGCGGGAAUCGUCCUCAUCUGGUACGGCGUCAAUACGGACCGCGAACAUCUCUAUCCUUUGCUCACUCAGUUGAUCCCUGCGGGUCACUGCGCGUGUCUCACCUCGACCACGUUCCAAUGUGCGAGCUGCUUGACCUGCGCGCAGAUGGAUCUUCUCCCUCAGACAGCACUUCCUCCCGCGAGGCCAUGGGAGUUUGAGCAUGAGCGGGAUGGUGGAAAUGGAGGGUUGAAUCGAGCUCAGUGCACAGCUGCUUUCCCGGGACUGUUUGAAGAGAUCUCGCGUGCAGGGACAUUCUGGAAAUCGAAUGGAGGCCUUGAAGUGGAGGAAUUGAACCAAAUCCCACUGAAGCAUGGCAUGGCGCGAGUGUUCAUACGGCGUGGGGAGCUCUAUGUGGUAAAAGCGCUAUCAAGAGGGGAAGACCAUCGUCGAAAGAUCUUAUCCGUCCUGAGCGCCAUUCACCGCGCAUUGAUCACCGAUCCCGACCGAGUCUUACAACAUGAUGUUGAGUUUGUCUUCUCUGUGGAGGAUAAAGUCACGGAUGUCACUACCACCGAUCAGCCUAUUUGGACAUUUGCUCGGUCUGCCAAUGAGCAAGCAGUUUGGCUCAUGCCUGACUUUGGGUACUGGGCCUGGGAGAACGUGCACAAUUCCAUCGGACCGUAUGACCAAGUGGUUGACCACAUCAAGCGCACGGAUAUCCCCUGGUCUCAGAAAAAGAGGCAGCUCGUCUGGCGAGGGAAACCCAGUUUUGCUCCCAAGCUGCGGCGCGCACUGAUGGAUGCGGCUCGAGGCCAGCCGUGGGGUGAUGUGAAACAUGUGGACUGGAACCAGCGAACGAACGUGAUGAGCCUGGAGAGCCAUUGCCAGUAUAUGUUCAUCGCGCAUGUCGAAGGAAGAUCGUAUUCGGCGUCCCUGAAAUAUCGGCAGGCGUGCAACUCGGUCGUUGUGGCGCAUAAGUUGCAGUACAUCCAGCACCAUCACUAUCUUCUUGUGUCAGAAGGACCGAACCAGAAUUAUGUGGAAGUCGAACGGGAUUUCAGCGACCUCGCGGCCAAGGUCGAGUCGUUGUUGGAUGAUCCGACACGGGCCGAGCGCAUUGCCAACAACAGCGUCCAAACCUUUCGUGACCGAUAUCUCACCAAGGCUGCGGAGGCGUGCUACUGGCGUAUGCUCUUCGAAGGGUACAGUGACGUCUGGAAUGGCAGUGUUCCGACCGAGUCACAGUCUCAGCAACCACAGGGCCGGGGUCUCCGUUACGAGUCGUUUGUCCUCCUGGAAAGCCGCCUAAUGGUUGAGUUUGACGCGACGAGCACGAUAGGUUUGAUGGACCAUACAUAGAAC